CACGCCACAAAACCCACCGCCUCAUUUUACCUUAUUACCCCUCUGCUUUCAUUCUCCCCGCAUCGCUUCGUCGUCUUCUUCCCUUUCAUCCUUCCUUUCUCUCUGAGUCCAAUCCCCCAAAGGCGAAAUCCAUCAAAAAGAACGAACCAUCCCAAAAUGGCGUCCAGCUUACUGAGACGCGGCGUAUCUCUGGCCAGAACGGCGGCGGCGUCACCAUCGACAGCGGCGAGGCUGGUGGCGGCCCGCCCUCACGCCUCCGAGGCGGAGGCACAGAAGGUGGAGCCGAAGGCCCGCCCAACCACCGACGUCAAGACCUUCCAAAUCUACCGAUGGAAUCCGGACAACCCGUCGAAGCCGCAGCUUCAGGACUUCCAAAUCGACCUCAAGGAGUGCGGGCCCAUGGUGCUCGACGCCCUUAUCAAGAUCAAGAACGAGAUGGAUCCGUCCCUGACCUUCCGACGUUCCUGCCGGGAAGGGAUCUGUGGAUCCUGCGCGAUGAACAUCGACGGGUGCAAUGGGUUGGCUUGCUUGACCAAGAUUCCUGAAUCGUCCGCUGGGCCGACGAUGAUCACGCCGCUGCCGCACAUGUUCGUGAUUAAGGAUCUUGUGGUGGAUAUGACGAAUUUUUACAAUCAGUACAAGAGUAUUGAGCCGUGGCUGAAGAGGAAGAGCCCGCCGGAGAAUCCAGGGAAGGAGAUUCUGCAGAGUAAGAAGGAUAGGGCGAAGCUGGAUGGGAUGUAUGAGUGCAUAUUGUGUGCUUGCUGUAGCACUUCGUGCCCUAGCUAUUGGUGGAACCCUGAGUCGUACUUGGGACCUGCGGCUCUCCUUCAUGCUAACAGAUGGAUCAGCGACAGCCGAGAUGAGUACACCAAGGAGCGACUGGACGCCGUGAACGACGAGUUCAAGCUCUACAGGUGCCAUACUAUCUUGAAUUGCGCUCGUGCUUGCCCAAAGGGGUUGAACCCUGGGAAGCAGAUCCAGAAUAUCAAGGGUCUUCAAAUGAGCGGUCCUGCUGCUUGAGCUUGAUUAAUACUAGAUUUGGAGGAGAAGCAUUGAGGAUUUGCAUUGACCAGUUUAUUCUUUCAGAUAUAAACUUUCUUUGUGGUAGUUUUAAAUAAUUUGUACAAACAAUU